CCGCCGCCGCCGCCGCCGCCGCCGCCGCCGCCCCUCGGGGCUCCUUCUCCUCCUCUGGCGGCGGAGGGCCCGUCGAGGCGUGCUUCUGGACCGGCGCCAAGGUGCAGUGGCGCGUGCGCGGGGAGGCUCACGUCCUGGGCCCCGACGUCGAGCAGCCCGACGCCCCCGGCGCCGCCGCCGUGCGCGAGGCCCUCCGCGCCCGCAUGCGCCGCGUCCCGGAUGCCGAGGCGCAGAGCCGGCGGCGCGAGGACCUGCCCGAGGGCAAGGCGGCCGCGGACGACGACUGGAGCUUCGCCCGCGAGGUCACGGCGCACUUUGGGAACCUCAGCCCGGCGAUGCGCGGCACGUUCCGGAACCCGGAGCCGGGGACGUCGCGCAAGGCGAACCCGGCCGACGGCGACCACGCGCUGGGGCACAAGGUCGAGGACCUCCACGACGAGGUGGCGCGCGCCAACUUCCGCGUCGUCGUCAUCGUGCCGACCGAGGUGGACGAGACGGACCUGAGCGACCCGGAGGACCCGCGGCGGUGGCUGUACCGGUUCGUCGGCGCGUCGGCCGACGCUCGCCCGACGGAUGGUGCGGAACGAUCCAACGGGUGGGAGAAGAUUGAGCUGUGGCCUUAGAAGACGUAGACAGGGGC